AAGAGUCGCUGGUGUUCCACGCGGUCUGUCCUCUUUAGCUGACUAGCUGCUCUCGUCGCUGCACCAUGGACGCCCUGAAGCAAGUAAUCAACUUCGGGCCCGGGCCCGCCAAACUGCCGCACUCGGUAUUGUUAGAGAUUCAGAAAGAAUUAUUAGACUACAAAGGAGUGGGCAUUAGUGUUCUUGAAAUGAGUCACAGGUCAUCAGAUUUCGCCAAAAUUAUAAACAAUGCAGAGAAUCUUGUGCGGGAGUUGUUGGCUGUUCCAGAAAACUACAAGGUGAUUUUUUUGCAAGGAGGUGGGUGUGGCCAGUUCAGUGCUGUCCCCUUAAACCUGAUUGGCCUAAAAGCUGGAAAGUGUGCCGACUAUGUGGUGACUGGAUCUUGGUCAGCAAAGGCUGCAGAGGAAGCCAGGAAGUUUGGGACUGUGAACAUUGUCCAUCCUAAACUUGGGAGCUAUACAAAAAUUCCAGAUCCAAGCACCUGGAACCUCAACCCAGAUGCCUCCUAUGUGUAUUUCUGUGCAAACGAGACCGUGCAUGGUGUGGAGUUUAAUUUUAUACCUGAUGUCAAGGGAGCAGUACUGGUUUGUGACAUGUCCUCAAACUUCUUAUCCAAGCCAGUGGAUGUUUCCAAGUUUGGUGUGAUUUUUGCUGGGGCCCAGAAGAACGUUGGCUCUGCUGGGGUCACAGUGGUGAUCGUCAGGGAUGACCUGCUGGGGUUUGCCCUCAGAGAGUGCCCCUCCUUCCUGGAGUACAAAGUGCAGGCCGCAAACAACUCGUUGUACAACACGCCUCCAUGUUUCAGCAUUUAUGUUAUGGGCUUGGUCCUGGAGUGGAUUAAGAACAAUGGUGGGACAGCAGCUAUGGAGAAGCUCAGCUCCCUCAAAUCUCAGAAGAUCUAUGAGAUAAUUGAUAAUUCUCAAGGAUUUUAUGUAUGCCCAGUGGAGCCCCAAAAUAGAAGCAAGAUGAAUAUUCCAUUCCGCAUUGGCAAUGCCAAAGGAGACAAUGAUUUAGAGAAAAGAUUUCUCGAUAAAGCACUUGAACUCAAUAUGAUUUCCUUGAAAGGCCAUAGGUCUGUGGGAGGCAUUCGGGUCUCUCUGUAUAAUGCUGUCACCACUGAAGAUGUUGAAACCUUGGCCACCUUCAUGAAAAAUUUUUUGGAGAUGCAUCAGCUAUGAAAGAGACCUGUUCUCUGCCUUUGUAAAAUGUAUACAGAGUUUAAAGUAAUUGGGAAUGGCUACAAAAACUUGACAGACAGGUUAAGUUUCUUCAAAUAAACAUGCUUAUUAUAGGUUCCAUUUUCAAAGAACAACAGCAAGACAUCCACAGCUCUGCCGAGUUGAUGCAACCACCAGCUACUGGUCACCUCAAUUCUGACUCAAACUGGAAGUAUUUUUAAAAAUCUUCCUCUUGCUUUUCUAAUGAAUUCCAGCCUAUUUUGUCUUUGCUGCUACUUUUUCUAGCUAGAUCUCAGUAUUUGAACUUGCUUGGACUUAAUUAUGCCAGUUGCAUUUAGUUAUGGAGGGUGUGUGAGGGUCCUCUGUUGCACAGAAUCUGGGAGUAGUGGGGUCUGCUGGGUUCUGCAGCUCUGAUUAACCCAUUAAAUCCCAAGUUUUCAACUCUGCAAAUAUUUCAGUGAAAUUGACACAGGUGCAUAAAUUAGGUUGGAAAUCAUAACCUAAAGCUUAUUAUAUGGUUUAUUAUCAUUAA